AUGUCAGACCUCAAGAUCGAAAGAAUUGCACCAGGUGACGGUGUCAACUUCCCAAAGAUUGGUGACAAGGUCACCAUCCACUACACCGGUACCUUGGAGAAUGGUAAGAAGUUCGACUCUUCCAGGGACAGAGGCUCUCCAUUCCAAUGUGUCAUUGGUGUUGGUCAAGUCAUCAAGGGCUGGGACGAAGGUAUCCCACAAUUGUCUGUCGGUGAAAAGGCCAUCCUCACCAUCCCAGGCCACAAGGCUUACGGCGAUCGUGGUUUCCCAGGUUUGAUUCCACCAAAUGCCACCUUGGUGUUUGACGUUGAGUUGUUGAAGAUUAACUAG